GCCUUUAAAAUAUAUCUGGGCUUCUAUUAAAAGCAAUACUUGGGCCUCUCCCCUCUGUCUACCAAGGUUUUACUAUUCUCCCUUUCUUCUUCCUCUACGACGGAGACUGGAGCUGCUGCAGCUGAAGCAUCGCGGCGACUCUCUUCCCACCUGAAACUGCUUAGAGAUGGCUUGUAAUUCAUCUGGCUGUGAGUCCGGUUCCUGUGGCCGUGAGAAGGAAAAUGGAAGCAAGGCAGAGGAGGAAGUUAUUGGUGCUAAGAAGGAGAGUGUAUGCCUCAAGUGUAAAUCCAAUGAGCCGAUGACGUUCGGCGAUGGUGGCUCAGACGACGGAAGAUUCUGCGCGGAUUGUUUCAGGAGCAACGUCUAUGGGAAGUUCCGUCUCGCUGUUACUUCACACGCCAUGAUCACUCCUUCAGAUAACGUUCUUGUUGCUUUCUCUGGCGGCUCAUCUUCCAGGGUUGCUCUUCAGUUUGUGCACGAGCUGCAAGUCAAGGCUUUGAGGAAUUACGAGGCGAGUCGUGAUAGGUCUUUACCUGUGUUUGGUGUUGGUGUUGCGUUUGUGGAUGAGAGUGCUGCGUAUCCUCCGGCUCUUUCCAGUGAGAUGGGGGAUGCGGUUGCGUGGGUGAGGUCCACUGUGUUGAGUAUGUCUCCACCUGAGAAGGAUCUUCAUGUUGUUCCUAUCGAAAGCGUGUUUGGUUCAGAGUCUGUUGAAGCAAGGGAUAGGCUUGUGAAGCUGUUGGAUUCUGUUAGUGAUGAGACUGGAAAAGAAGACCUUUUGCUGCAUCUCAAGAUGUUGUCUUUGCAAAAGGUUGCUUCUGAGAAUGGGUACAACAGGUUAGUGGUAGGAUCAUGCACGUCGAGACUCGCUUCCCAUGUUCUUACGGCCACUGUCAAGGGACGAGGUUAUUCACUAUCAGCAGAUAUUCAGCAUGUUGAUGCGAGGUGGAAGGUUCCCGUUGUCCUGCCACUUCGAGAUUGUGUUUGGCAGGAAAUAACUAGACUCUGCCAUUUGGAUGGUCUAAAGACUGUGGAGUUGGCUCGGGAUCAACAUCCUCAAUCCGGAAUCAAUGACUUGGUGUCUUCAUUCGUUGCUCUGUUGCAGGAAGAGAAUCCAUCACGGGAGUGCACAAUUGUACGAACAGCUGCAAAGCUUACUCCGUUUUACUUCAAUAAGAUUCCUGAAACGGACGACUCCUGUGUUCCUAUGGCUACUCAGAGGCGUCUGAAGAAAUUCAAUCUCAAAUAUGACGGUUCCAUGACUACAGAAGCAUUCUGUCCCAUCUGCAACGGCCCACUAAAUGAUUCUGACUCAUCGGAUUUGAAUACUUUUGAAGGAUGCCAUGAUUCUGAUGCCCUUUUUGCUGCAUGCUGUUCAAGUUGCCGGUUCCAAAUACUUCCACAAGAUCGUUCAUCUCUUGAGCAUUUCGGCUCCUUACUACCACAUCACAUGAUCUCCCAAGUAAAGCAUCAUCAAAAGUUUGACAGUCAAACAUAUCUCAGGGAGAAGAUAAAAGAUUGUUUGCUCUUGGACGAUGAAGAGGCUGUCUGAAUCUCCAAUGUUUGUGUUCUUUCAAAUAUCAUCUUACCGGCUUGCUCGAAAGGCAGAGAGAAACUUUUGUAAUGUUUCUAUAUAUGCUCAUCUCACGAUAUUACAUUAUGCUGUCAUAUUGUUUUUCUUCUGUUUGCAAGAGGAAACUAAAGUAUUGUUGUGACCUGUGAGAUAGUAUUAAAUAGGUUUUGAAUC